AUGAGUCUAGCAUGUCUUGUGUGCCAUAGUGUGGAAAAUCCAUCGCCAUCACACUCUUUCAGAAGAUCGGUUUCAAAUUCAGAAAAUGAAGGAAGAUGUUACGCUAUUACAAACUGCUUAACAAGGAAAUUACAUGUUCACCCACCUACAGUACACUCUUUUGUAGCACCAUCAUCUUCCAAAGUCACCCCUCAACCUACUUUCUCAAGUAACGGGGAGAUAACCGGUCCUCCACGGCUUGUAAGAAGUCACGCUGUGAGAAGGGACAUAGUACAAGAUUGGAAUUUUGAUGAACUUGUAUCUGCUUAG